AUGUUGGCAGUUUAUGGGGCCGGAUUGCUAGUCGCUUCUCCCAUAUUUGGGUACAUCGCAGAUCAUACGAAGUAUCGUAGGUCACCGUUCUUAUGGGGGUUAAUACUACUCGCAGCCUCUACGGCCAUGUUCCUUGUAGGGAACAGUAUCCCGGUUUUGGUCGUAGCUCGAUUAAUUCAGGGGAUGUCGGGAGGAUGCAUUUGGGUGGUUGGUCUCGCACUAGUAAUUGAUACGGUUCCAGCGAAUGAGCAGGCCCAGUCUAUGGGCUUUGUAUCCAUUGGUUUGACUGCGGGAUCUAGCUUGGGACCUCUUUUGGGUGGUGUCAUUUAUGACAAGGCCGGAUAUACUGCCGUCUUUAUUUUGGCAUUCGCUGUGAUAGGGUUCGAUAUCAUCAUGCGACUACUAGUUAUCGAGAAAGCCGCUGCAAAACAGUGGAUGCCCGAACCUUCAGCACCAGAUGCAGACGGCGCCAACCUCGAAGACCAGAAACCUGAAGAUAAGAAAGCUAAUCCACAAGAAAACAUCCGCGAGGCAAUGCUCAAAAAUCGAGAUGCCGCCACUGUGCUUCGCAAGGAGUCUCGAGUUCCUGCUAUCAUUCUCCUACUUAAAUCGCCCCGUACCCUUAACUCACUUUUCAUCACCGUUAUGCUUGGCUCCAUCUUCACAGCUUUCGACGCAGUCCUCCCCCUUCGUGUCAAGUACGUCUUUCACUUUAACUCUACGGCUGCUGGUUUGAUUUUUCUUGCAAUCAUUAUCCCAACGCUGGUUGCCCCAUUAUGCGGUAAAAUAUCAGACAAGUACGGUCCAAGAUGGCUCGUCGUCACUGCGUUCUUCGUCUGUCUUCCACUGUUCAUUCUUCUCCGUCUUCCACAAAGGCCGGUAGCUGGACAUAUAGCCUUACUCUGCGCCCUCCUCUUUUGUAUCGGGUUUGUGAUUUCAGCAUCUAUGCCCGGUGCUAUGAGCGAAAUUAGUAUCAGUGUUGUCGAGUUCGAAAAGGAGUCGCCUGGUAUCUUUGGGGAGAAAGGAGCAUUUGCACAAGCCUAUGCAUUGUUCAACAUUGCCUGGUCACUUGGGUCCGUCGUAGGACCUUUGUUGGGUGGAUUCUUGAAUAAAGCUAUCGGGUGGAAUAGCAUGGUGUUACUGUUUGGAUUUUUAUGUCUCUUGACGUCGUUUGUGACCAUCUGGUAUACAGGCGGAAAGAUUACGAAGGACGAUUUGCCUUGGAGCUAUGUAAAGCCUUCGGAUAGGGUUAAACCAGGUGACGUUGCCUUGGACGCCCUUCCCGGCUCUAGCUCUGGCUCCAGCGAUGAGAAGACCUCUACCUCGAAGGCGAGUGGCAAUGUUGAGUCUACUCGGUUGGAGUCAGCCGUAGAGCCUGGUUCACCGGAGCCCGUGGAAAUUGAUUCCAUUCGGGCUGUCGAUGCGAAGACAACUUAA